AUGGCAGCAGUCGAGCCAAACACUCUCGAGCCAAACACUCUCCUCGAUUCUUACAGGUAUGGUUUUUCAACAUUGAACCCACAAUCCGUCGCCUCCAAGUCCUUCAAAACAUAUCUCUUCGGCUACCCAAUCGCCCACUCCUUAGCCCCCUUGGUUCAAUCCACCCUGUUUAAAGAGCUCUCUGUGCCAUGGACCUACACGCUCUUCGAGUCUCUUUCAGCCGCCGACUUCUUGUCUAAGCUUAAAGCCGCUGACUGCAUCGGAUCCGCCAUCACCAUGCCCCACAAAGUCACCUUCGUCCAACAUGUUGACGACCUAACCCACGAAGCCCGCGCGAUAGGCGCCAUCAAUACCGUCUUCCUGCGUCGUGGCGCGGACGGCUCAACUCGCUAUAUUGGAACCAACACAGAUUGCAUCGGCGUACGAGAAGCCUUCCUACAGAACAUUCCAGGCAUACGCGCACAGAGCGAAGGCCGACCUGCUUUGAUCAUUGGCGGAGGUGGUGCAUGCCGCGCCGCGGUCUACUCAUUAUGGAGGUGGAUGGGCUCGAGCCGUAUUUAUCUGGUCAAUCGUUUAGAAUCCGAGGUCCACGCGGUCAUCGCUCACUUCGAGACGGUUCCUGGAUUUGCGGGAGAUUUGGUGCAUGUGCAAACGAUAGAAGCGGCGGCGGAGCUUGAAACGCCAAUGUUGGUUGUAGGAUGUGUGCCGGAUCUUCCGCCUAAGGAGAGGGGCGAGAUUUUAGCGAGGGAUGUUGCGUUGACGUUUCUGCGGAGACCAGAGAAGGGUCAUGUGCUGGAGAUGGCCUAUCACCCAAACCCGAUCACCGCAUUCUACUUACUUGCACGGCAAAAUGGGUGGAAUGUGCUGCCGGGGACCGAGGCAAUGAUCUAUCAAGGCAUUGCCCAGCAAUCACUGUGGAUGGAGAAGCCAAGUGAUGAAUUCCCUGUGCCGGAGGCGAGAGAGGUUAUCAAGCAGGCAUUGAAAGUGACGCAUGAGAAUACCGACGGGCUGUAA